AUGGAUAUGAGCUCUUCAAGUAACAGUACAUGUCAGAUGUCUGACAUGUUAUGGAAUUGGGAUGUGAUAGACACAUGCUUCAUCUCAUCCGGAUGGCACAACACAACUCGAGGAGCCUUCGCAGCCUCAUGUGUCGGCGUGGUAUUCAUGGCUAUUCUCUUAGAACUCUUACGGCGAAUAUCAAGGGAUUACGACCAACUCAUUCUCAAACAACUGUCCACCGUAUCUAUCAAACUCCAGAACCACCGUCCUAGAAGAGCAACACCUUUACAACAACUCAUCCGAUCGUUAAUACACGUCGCGAUAUUUGGCUUAGCAUACCUGUUGAUGUUGUUGGUCAUGUCCUAUAAUGGAUAUUUGAUCUUCUCGAUAUUGAUAGGAGCGGGUAUAGGGAAAUUCUUCUGCGAUUGGUUAGUCCUAGGUGUGGAAAGUACGACGAAUGAGGAGGAACCAACGGUGUGUUGUGGUUAG